UUACGUAGGAACACAAGAGUGAUGCUAAUACGAAGAACAUGCGGAGGCAAAUUGGUCGACGUGGAUGGGGCAUGGAACGGGACCGUGACGCCACGAGGCGAUGAAGAUGAAUGCAGCAUCAAUAACUUUGUCUACACAGACACCACUUUCUCCUGGGCCCGGAUCCAUAUAGCUGUUGCAUAGCAAUGCGUUGAUGCAGAACAUGACCGCAACAGCAGGCGAUGGGAAAGAGCAAAAGAAGAUGAUUGACUUACCGGAGGAUAACGUGAUGGGGAUCAAUGAUGGCUUAUCGAAUCUGCUUAUGAAUGCGUGUUGCCUCUUCACCUCCGUUGCACCUCCGUCUUGCGUAUACUCUUCAUCCUCAGGGUUCGCAGCGAUGUCAAGAGCUCAAUUUUUGAGAGAGUACAAGAUGGUAGUCGUCGGUGACGGUGGUGUGGGAAAGUCCGCCCUCACAAUCCAGUUCAUUCAGAAUCAAUUCAUGACUGAGUAUGACCCUACCAUCGAGGACUCGUAUCGGAAACGAUAUGUCAUUGAUGAAGAACUUGCUGUUCUCGAUGUACUCGAUACCGCCGGCCAGGAAGAAUACAGAACCAUACGCGAGCAGUAUAUGCGCUCAGGAGAAGGGUUCCUACUUGUUUACUCCAUCACAUCAAGACGGUCGUUUGAAGCGCUUGCCACCUUCCACCAACAGAUUGUGCGUGUCAAAGACCAAGAAGUUCUUCCAAUCGUGAUUGUAGCGAACAAGAGCGACCUUGAAUACGAACGUCAGGUAGGCAUGAACGGUCGAUCAAUAGCAAAAAAUCUAGACUGCAAGUUCAUCGAGACAUCAGCGAGGCAGAGAGUGAAUGUGGAUGAGGCCUUCUGUACCCUGGUCCGGGAAAUCAGAAAACAUAACAAGGAGCAACAGGCGAGUUGGCCUGUGCAGCCGAGCACGCCGUCCAUACCUGGUGCACACGACGCACCGAAGGGCGAGUCCCACGUCCCAGGCUGUCGCGGUGGUUGCAUUGUUGCAUGAACGCAUGUGCCUCCCUCAGCUCCUCUCCCACACAUCUUGCACUACACACAACUUGAGCACAUUACCUUCCGCAUCCUGCUGCUCGCUGUUGUCAUUAUGUGACCCUCGACCACUUCGCCCAUCUCCCUCGUGACAUGCUCUGCUCUGCUCUACGUAUUCACAUUCAUCUGCUCAC